CUUAGGAAAGGGGGCGUUUCGUCGAAGGUAGGCGUGGCCAUAACUCCACUUCAAGCAGCAUGUUUCAAGAUGAGGUACUGAAUCCUGUAGAUAUUGAUUCCUGCUGGAAGAAAGAAAAGUCCUCGAGAGAAAUAUCCUCACAAACAAGUGAAACAUUGACUAACGACUCCAGUGUGCAGACCUCAGAGGCUCAAGAAGUUGGGGUUCAGACUGAUGAGGUAAAGUCCAAACCUUUGCCCCUAGUGGUGGACGAUUCACAGGGAUUGAAGGAUUUCCUGAGGAGGGUGGAGCCUCUAGUUACCCAGCAACUUCAGAUAAGCAACAGGAGUCAUGCCUUCGAUGGGUAUAAAGUGUUCUGGGAGGAGGAAUCUAAAGCUGUGUCAUGCAAGCACACUCUUACCGAGGCGUCACUAAAUAAUGAGUACAACUGUACGGGGUUGUCAUGGAACUGUUCUGGCUCAGUGCUAGCUGUGGCAUACGGGAAGUUAGACCACCAAGACUGGUGCUCACAUAAGUCCUACCUCUGUACUUGGAAUCUGGACAGGAGAUCACUGGAUCCUAGUAAAGCUGACCUAAGUAUUGACGUACCGAGCUGCCUGAUGUGUGUGGCGUUUCACCCAGAGCACCCCGCCCUAGUCGCUGGGGGGACUUUUAACGGGGAGGUGAGGAUCUGGAACACCAGUCUGGAGGGAGACCCACUUACUGCCUCAUCGGGCCUCUCUGACCUCGGACACAAAGAGCCCAUUGCAGAGCUGUCGUGGAUUCUGGAUGAGGAGAGUCGAGAGCGUCGCCACUUGCUACUCAGCCUCGGCAACGAUGGGAAGGUGCUUGUGUGGGCGUGUGAGGAGGGCGUGAGGGUCGUGAGGGCGUGUAGGCUGCUCACCGAGAGCAUCCCUCGCAGUCUCAGAGUCAGUAGAGCCAAGGGAAGCACGGAAGUGGGAGGAACUUGUUUGUCGUUUUCAAGUGAAGACAAGAGUCUGUUUGUAGUGGGGUCAGAAAAUGGAGGACUCUUCAAAUGCUCAAUGCAGGCGUCUGUUUCUAUUGGAGAUACUCCCAUCAUUGAGAGUGAUCUUCAGUCACCCAUCCAGUUUGUGUUCCGGCCCCACCAUGGCCCAGUGUACGCCAUCUCUUGCUCACCCUUCCAUCGCAACCUCUUCCUCUCUUGUGGCACUGAUGGUACUGCAAGACUCUACUCUCAGCUUGAUGCCUCUCCUGUGUUAUCGAUAGAGCCUGGGUGUGGCUACCUGUUCUCUGUGCGCUGGUCUGUGACCAGGCCACUGGUGUUUGCUGUCGGGACUGGGGAUGGACAGCUGCUCAUAUACGACCUUAAGUCAUCUCACAUUAAACCGUGUGUUUCACUGGAGGCUAGUCCACAAAAGAAAGCUGUCUAUUCUGUGGCAUACAAUCACAAAAGGCCUCAGUUUCUUGCCAGUGGUGAUGCUUGUGGUGUCGUCAAGGUGUGGAGAUUAAGUACUCAGCUGACAGCUGUUGCUAGCAACGAGGUAGAGCAACUCAACUCCCUAGCAACCGACACAGUAGCUGCCAGUACUGGAACGCUAUAAUUCACUUUUCUUGAUAAUGAAUAUUGAAUAUAUUUACUUAUUGACUCAUUGAAUUGGCAACCCCAGUUUUUGCUUUAUAAUCAAAUAUGCCAAAAAUAUAAUUAUUUAUAGUGCCACGUCUUAAUAAGAAUUGUGACUCGAUCGAG